UAGAAAUAGGAGAGUCGUUGAAAAUGAGGCUGUGCUUCUUCUCCAUAACUGGGAGCGCCCCCUCAGACCUUGACCCCCAUCUAAACCCCUCUCUCUCUCUCUCUCUCUCUGCAUAACAUCAAAUCUCAUUGUCUCUCGAAGCUUCGAAUCUUCUUCGUUGUGCAGAGAGAGAUUGAAGAAGAAGACGACGAGAGGCGCUCUCUUCAAUUUCUCUUAUCGGCUGCAAUCGGAAAAUUAUAGGGUGACGGAAUGGGUUGCACGUCGAGCAAAAGCGUGGACUCGAAGACGAGCAGGACGGCGCGGUGGCGAUCCACCGGCAUUGUUGGCCUCCGGGACUCUAAAUUGAAGACAUUUCCAGAUGAAGUUCUUGAUCUGGAGAGAUCCGUACGCACUAUUGAUCUAACGCGCAAUAAAAUUGUUGAUAUUCCUAUGGAUAUUGGCAAGUUAGUAAACCUGCAACGACUGGUCUUAGCUGAAAACCUCAUUGAUCGACUACCAAUGCAUGUGUCAAAAUUAGAAUCUCUAAAAGUUAUGACACUUGAUGCAAAUCGAAUCACUUCCUUGCCUGAUGAAUUGGGACAGCUGGUGAGGCUUGAGCGGUUAUCCAUCUCUAAAAAUUCUCUAUCAUAUUUGCCUGAGACUAUUGGAAGCUUGCGCAAUUUAGUGCUGUUAAAUGUAUCAAACAACAAGUUAAAGUCUCUUCCAGAAUCAGUUGGGAGUUGCUUCUCUCUAGAAGAAUUACAAGCAGAUGAUAAUUCAAUUGAAGAUCUUCCCGAAUCCGUCUGCAAUCUUGUUCACUUAAAGUCACUUUGCUUGGACAAUAAUAAUGUGAAGCAGAUACCUACCAAUCUAUUGAAAGACUGUAAAGCUCUGCAGAAUAUUUCCUUGCAUGGAAAUCCUAUAUCAAUGGAUCAGUUUCAGCAAAUGGAAGGAUUCCAAGAGUUUGAAGCAAGGAGGAAGAAGAAGUUCGACAAACAGAUUGACUCAAAUGUAAUGAUCAGUUCCAAAGGCCUUGAUGAGGGUGUUGAUCAUUGAGAAUCUGGCUCUGACAUUUGGAAACAAAGUCAAGUUGUCGAGGCCAUUUAUAUGUGAAAGCUGGGUUUGUUUCAUGGAUGCUGUAAAUUCAUAUAAGCUUUUGUUGUAGCUUGGGACGACGACAUUGCUAUUUAUGACUGUCAUGCAAAAUAAAAAGACAUUGAGCACUUGUACUGUUUUCUUCAAUACUUUGCCCCUUAUUGACAAGCAUGUAUAGAAAGGGUGGGAACUUAUUCAAAGAUGUAACUUAAUUUUUUGGGUAUUGUGAUUCUUAAUACACAUUUACUCUGUACAUGUCACAUCUAUAAUUCUAUUGGUACAGAGAAAAGUGAUUGAAUACAAUGAAAUUAUUGAA